AUUCCCAGAUUCCGGUGACUGCAGAGGACGAUGGCGAUGGAUGGCGGCAACCCUGAAGACUUGGGCGUGGGGUGCUUGCUAUCGAUCAAGACCACCUUUGGUGAUGAAUUUGAAGCUCAGGUCAUCACAUUUGAUCGCCCUUCUAACAUCCUCGUUCUUCAGGAGCCCUCCAAGCCAUCAGCCCCUCGUCGCAAUAUUAGGAUGCUGAAGGCUAAUUAUAUCAAAGAAUUCACCUUUUUGGGUCAGGAAGAUGACCCUCUUGAUCCAAACAAUUGUUUUGUUGACCUCACUGCUCUUCGAGCCAGGGAAGAAGCCGCCAUCAGACAAGCAGAAGCGGAGGCUGAGAGAAUUGGGGUUGGUGUCACCAGCGAGGCUCAGAGCAUUUUUGAUGCUUUGUCCAAAACGCUUCCAGUCCGCUGGGACAAGACUGUAAUAAUUGUGAUGAAUGAGGUGCGCAUCAGCAGCCCAUAUCUCCCUGAAUCUGUCAUUGGAGGCACUCCUGCUGCAAAUGAGCGAGUGAAAAAAGUGGUUGAGCUUGAGAGGAAGAGGUUGCAACUGCGCAGUACCAGUGGUCAGUAAGGUUUGAUAUUGCAUCUAUUUCCUGUCACAAAAAGCUUGUUGUCAUCGGAGGAAGCAUGAUGGGUUGUGUUGCUUUUAGCAAGCCCUGAAUAAGUGGAUUUUCCAAGGCAUCCUUCUGAUUAUUGGUAUCUGUUGAAUGGGUUCUUGAGCUCUCGAGUUGUUGCUGCUGUGGAGUUCAUUUGGGGUAUUUCCUCUAGUUUCUUCACAAGAACAAAUGCUAAAAUCGAAUUUGUGAUUUGUUGGAAGUAAGAGGCUAAGAACCCAAAUGAGGGAUUGGGUUUAUCAUGUUAUUUGCAGGUUUAUCAUGGUGAAGGUUAAAGAAUUACAAUGAGUUUCGUAAGAGCACCAGAUUUCUUAGGCACUAAGAAAAUGUAUUCUCUUGAAGUUGGCUGCUAGUUUUUUUUAUUGAUGAAAUGAACUGUUUAAGAUUUAGUUUCCUCCUUAGAGUUUUGUGAGAUGAUAUGAUCUGCUCCUUCUUGGAGUAACUAAUGGUUGAGCUUGCAGGGGAGUAUAACAUGAUUGGUAUUUGAUGCCAAGUUUAUGAUAACGAUGAAAAGUAGUGUCCUGUUGAUUCAUGGUCAUGGAGGGUAAACAAGAUUUUAUCGAAUAGAUUAAGGAAUUUCCAGUGCUCAGGUUUAAUACUUGGAUUGUCUCCUGAGCUAGCGGUGGAGAAUUAGAAUGAUUGACCUGAAAUAACCACAGCAUAUUAAAGGUCGUUUAAUGAUCUAUCAUUUUGUAAGUAACAAUAUCAAGGAAAUAUGAUGGUUGCGAGUUUUUGUAGUAUUUGACAGAUCAAAUUAUAGCUAUUGAGAAAGAACAUGAGUGAUAAUUUCAAAGGAAGUACUAUUGUAUGCUUUUCUCAGAAGAAGUUUGGUUUCUGAGAUCUGUGAUGAAUAUAAAUUAAUUAUGAA